AUGUCCGAGCAAUUCACAAAGAAGGACGUCGCGGCGCACAGCAGUGUCGAGGAUGGGCUAUACAUCAUCGUUGACAACGACGUCUAUAGCCUGGGCGGAUUCGUGGAUGAGCAUCCGGGAGGCGCGAAGAUUCUUAAGAGGGUUGGGGGAAAGGACGCGACCAAGCAGUUCUGGAAGUAUCACAACGAAUCCGUCCUUAAGAAGUACCAGCCACGGCUAAAGAUCGGCACGCUGAAGGAGGAGGCGAAACUAUAG